GCUUAUUGUUCCGAGCUGAGAUAUUGUCAACGUUAAAGUAAAAUGGAAAAAUAAUGCAUACCCGGCUUGUCCAUGGAAAAAGGAAGUUCAUCAUAGUUAAACCUCAAUUGCGAAAGUACAAGGGACAUUGUCUUUGACCCAAAAUCUGCAGAGGAGAACGUAUAUUGUAAAGUCGGAUAAAGCAUAAAGGAGCGAUAUUGUCGAACAGAAUUCAAAAUGGAGGAAAUGAUUUACGUUAUGAUUGACCUGGUUUUGAUUGUACUUAUUCUUUUGAGCAACGGCUGUAUAUUGUGUCUUCUUGUCGGAUUUAAACAAAUUCGAACGACAACAAGUUUAGUAAUUGUUUCCAUAGCAGCUGCUGACAUCAUCAUAUCCGUCGUUGUCAUACCAAUUCAUUUGUACACCAAAGCAAACACCUCAUAUGAAAUUGGACCCAGACUUUGUAAAAUUUACAUGUAUAUCAACUACUGGUGCAGAACAGUUAGUGUUUAUGUGAUUAUUUCUAUCGCAUUAGAUGCAUUUUUCAUAAUUUACUACUCCGUGCACGCUAGCAUUACCCAAGCCAAGUCGAUGUUCUUUUUAAAUUUGACCUGCUUUUUCGCGGCUGCGGUAAAUAUAUGGGUCGUUGUGAAUUAUACAACUCAAAACGUCAUCGUAAAUGAUAGCCUUAACAUUUCUUCAUAUACGCUAGCGAAACACCAACCCUCCAACAUGACAACCCCAAACUCGUCCGGAUACUCAGUGUGUACAUUCCAGUCUGAAAAUGCAAUAGGGGCGUUCUUUUUAAUAAUGGACAUGAUAGUGCUGUUCCUUUUACCGAUUAUUGCCCUUGUCGUUUUGCUAGUAUUAAUCUGGCGUAAACUUGAAACUUCAAGACUGAAAACAUCUUCUAUAACUCGGAAGCUUAAGAUGUUGAAAAUGGCAGUCUUGUUGGUAGCCGUAUUUGUUUUAACUAACCUACCUAAACAGAGCGUUGUCCUCUACGCCUGGGUGACUGAUGUAUUUAACCCAAAGUUGAAUGCCAUAACGGAGAUUAUUUCAUACAGCGGAGGGAUUUGGAUGGCAGUGGUUUUAUUUUCAUGCUAUAAAGAUCUCCAACACGGCGUGAAGAAAUUGUUCAACUUCACAUCAGAAAACACACGUAUGGAACGAACGUCACGUUCUAAUAGGAGACGCGCGCGUGAAAGAUGCCAUACGGCUGAAAUGCAAAAAUUAGACCCAAAUGGCGUAGUAAUAUGUGGAAGUGAAAGAUCCGGAUCAUUCCAGUCAACGUAUUCCUCGUGUGACAGCAGACUGAUGAUACCAAAUCCCACGGCUUAUGGAGAUAAGUUGCUGUAAUAUUUUAAAUAACGCCUGAUGUCCGAACGAUAUACGAUGUAGCUGAGCAAACAAGGGCCUCUAACUAAGAGAAGUGAAUGACACAAUUUGUCCAGAGGUUUCAAUAUACCCUUUGAAAGUUGCUUAUGGAGGUUUAUUUUAUAUCAGUUUGGUUAAUACCAUUUCACCACCAGGGGGUUUUAAGGAAUAGCAAAAAGGG